AGGCUGAGUGAGAAGACAUGUCGGCGGCUAGCUAACAUUAGCACUUUCUCCACGGAGAAAACUACACUUAACUCCAAGGACUGUGGUUCUUCAGGAGCUUUCCACUCAAAGAUGGAGGCGGACCACGUUCACUGCCUGUCCUGUAUCAACCAGAGAUGCAUGGUCCGACCAGAAGCGGGAAUUUCUUGCGAUCUCAUCACCUGCCCUUUGGUGUGCGGAGCCGUAUUUCACUCCUGCAAAGCUGACGAGCACCAACUCAUGUGUCCACUGACGAGGAUUCCCUGCCUGAACAGUGGCUAUGGCUGCCCCGCCGUGCUGGUGCGGAACCAGAUGUAUGCCCACCUGGAAGUGUGUCCAGCCGGCGUGGUGUGCUGCACUAUGGAGUGGAAUCGGUGGCCUGUCAGCUGCUUAGAUUACACUUGCUAUGAGAGCCUGAGUCGUGGGGUGGAGGAGGUGGAGCUGCUUGACAUGGCACUCGCUCUUCAGGACCAGCGUACACUGCUCGAAUCUCUCAAGGUGAUUUCAAUGGCUCCUUCGGCGCAAGGAGAGCCGCUUGUCCCUGUAAGUAAAGAGAAGCCAUCAACCCACUCGGCGUCGUCAACGUCUGAGUCACCAUUGCAGCCGCCGCCCUCGCAUCCACCACCCUCACCAGGCUCAGCCAAGGAGAAAAUUCUUAGCGGAAUUAAUGGCUUGAAGGAGGAGCACUUCAGUGAACUUUAUCAGGCCACAGUUGAAACUGCGAGGAGCUUAGCCGCCGCUUUAGAUUUUGUUAGCUCAAGUGAGAGCGGCAGAGAGUGCGUGAGAGCAGGCGUCUCUGUGCAGAGAAGCAGACUGAGCAGCAGCGGAAGCCUGCAGAAUGGAGUGGAAGAAACAACGCUCACAACUGCAGGUGGUUUGCAUGAAAGUGAAAUAAAAGAGCAAACUGUUUGUAUGGGCUGCAUGAGUGGAUAUGAGGCCCCAGAGGGAGCAGAUCUAAAGAUGGUAAACGCAAGUAAUGGACCAAUGUCAGGAGCUGUGGAGGCCUGUCCUGUCGAUGUUCAAGAUGACUUGAAAUCCAAUGUCUCACAAGAUUCAGAAAACCACCAAAUGAUGCCUCCUGUGCACAUCAGCCAGGCUGUGGCACAGAGGGCUGCUCAUAGGGUUCUGGAAGACAGAGGAUUAGUGCUUUCAGACAAUCACAGGUUUCAGAGCAUGGCCCAAAGUCACCCAUUUUCCAGGGGUCAGGGUCAGUGUUUGUUGAAUAAUGGAAGGAAAAGUGUCGCGUCAGACAGGUCACUGUACAGACAGCGACCCAGAACGGAGGACAAGGCGGUGGAUACGUCAGACCUCGAGCAGGACGAUGACCCACUGGGUUUAGGAGAGAUUGAUCUGAUCACAGCUGCCUUGCUUUUCUGCUUAGAGGAGUCGAGAGAGUGCAGAAGAAUUUCAGACACCGUGUAUGUCGAUGGGUACCAUGUUGACUUUGGCACACAGACUUUCACUUUUCCUGCAGCCAUCUUGGUAACUAACACUAGAGUAGGUGACAUGGCCUCUGCCUCUGCCUGUGACCACGCCGCCCCGCAAAUCUCCUACCCCAGCCCUUUUCGAACGCUCCGCCUCGGCCUCGUUCUGGAAGCCCUGGAGGUCGAGGCCGUCCCGCAUAACCGCUACCUACCAGCAAACCCUCGCUACCAGCAGAUGUUCCCUUUUGUCUGCGGUCAGUCGUUCCGUCGGGACCAGUUUUCUUCCCAUUUCACAAACGUCCAUGGCGAUAUUCACGCGGGUCUCAACGGCUGGAUGGAGCACCGCUGUCCGCUGGCUUAUUACGGCUGCACGUUUUCCCAGCGGAGGUUUUACCCGUCCACCGAGGGGGCCAGGGUGAUUCAUGACAGGCACCUCAGGUCCUUCGGGGUUCAGCCUUGUCCAAACAUGAAACUUCCAAAUGAUUCCCAGUCCGACCAGUUCAGUGGGCUGCCCAUCGAGAUCCUGUGGCACAUAGCUGGAUUUCUGGACAGUUUCAGCUUGUGCCAGCUGUCACUGGUAUCACGAACUAUGAGAGAGGUGUGUGCCAGUCUCCUCCAGACCAGGGGCAUCGUGGAGCUGCAGUGGGAACAAAGACGAGGCCCCGGUUCUCAUGGCACUGUGUCCUGGCAAGUCAAGAGUAAAGUGUGGCGAUUCACCACGGCCUUCAGCCCAGUGAAGCUGUGGGGUUUUGCUGACAUCCCCAGCAUGUCGAACCAUCUUAAGAAGUGCCCCUUCAACACAGUGGAGCACAAGACGGUGCCUGUGCCCCUCCCCGCCAUGUGCACGGCACGAGAUGGACAAUCACUCCGCCGCGUCCUGCGCCACGUCAACACCUGACCAACCCGGCCUGAUGACGUACAGCUGCACAAGAUUCACUCCAGUGUCACAAAGAUGCGCCAGUUGGUUACUUUAAGUUUUAAAAAUAAAUGCACUCCUGUAUCACGCUAACAAGAAAAAGCCUUAAUGAUGUAACACUUCACUUGGUCUGGUAUGGGUGGUCCCUGAAUGAAGGGGACAAGAUAAAGCUUCUAGUUUUGCAUGGAUUUGUUAGUCCAGUGAGAUAAAUUAUAUUUUCUUGAAGACACAAAUGUACAAUAGAUUUAUAUACUUCUGUGGUGUGCAUUGUGAACGUGUUCACUCUCCUGCCUUUCAGUUGCAGCCACGGGAAAAGCAGAUUGUUGGUUAAUUUGCAUUAUUUCUGUGUACCAGAAGUUUUGCCUGCACUUUACACCAUGUUUGCUAAUCCCCUCCACAGAUGAUCAGUCACUCAAACUGUUUAGUGUUUCCACUUCUUGAAACAUGUCACCCCAGGGUGAAUUUAAUGCCUGGAUGUGUAUAAUGUCAGGACUUAAAUUCAUUUGAUUGGUAACCUAUUGAUGCAUGUAAUUUGCAUUGAAUAAAGGCUUUGCAGCUUA